UGUGUGUGUUCGCUUAGCCUAGCCGCUAGCUGCUUCUUAGAUUGAUGUGUACAUGUGUGUAAAUGCGGUGUGUGUUUUCCAACUGUGAAGUCAAACCGGAGAUCCUCAAAAGUUUUUGCAGGUCGCUGUUAAAAGUUAUUUAAAGUCGAUGUUUUUAUCCAGCAGUAGUGUUUUGUGUAACUCUGUGUGUGAGUGAGAGAGUGUGUGUGUGUGUUAGAGAGAGAGAGACUUGGUAAAGCGUGUAUUUCAGUUCAGUGUUUGUGAUUGAUUUUAUUUCUGCGAGGGAAGGUGAGGAGAGAUUAGCACAAUGCUAACCGCCUCGCCGACGAACUGACUGUGGCAAAAAGGGAAGAGUUAAAAAGUUGUUUGCUGGAUUCACAACUUUUAUUGAUGAUCAGGGACAGUGAAAUACAGAAUUCCCUCAGCUUUGGUGUGUGUGUGUGUGUGUUUGAGCUGGAACAUUUCCGCAAGGAUAUAAAAUCAGGAGCAGAUUAGCGGAAGGCUGAUGGGAGACUGUGAGGCAGAGCUGGAGCCGAGUCUGCGCUCACUGCUCGGGUUCAGCCGCUAAACCAGGACAAGGACCGAAAGGAAAAAAAGACGACGCGGAUAAACAAAUAUAUCUACUUGUUUUCUUCCCGUGGCAUUUUGUAGUCAGCUUGUUUCCCCAAUGGCGGGCGGGGGAGGAGCGGCUCCUCCACUGUGGUAUCACCGGGACCUGAGCCGCGCCGCCGCCGAGGAGCUGCUGGCCCGCGCCGGCCGAGACGGGAGCUUCCUGGUCCGGGACAGUGAGAGUGUGAGCGGCGCCUACGCCCUGUGUGUGCUAUACCAGAAGCAUGUCCACACAUACAGAAUCCUACCUGAUGAGGAUAACUUCCUAGCAGUGCAGACAUCUCAGGGAGUGCAACCAAAGAGGUUUAAGACAUUACCUGAGCUGAUUCAGCUCUACCUUCAGCCUAAUCAGGGUCUUGUCACCACCCUGCUGCUGCCUGUGGAGAGAGAGGAAUGUAUGGACGAAAGAGACUACUCGGAUGGAGAGGAUGAUAAACCCCCCCUUCCUCCUCGGACUGGCUCUUGUAGCUCCGCCCUUGUCAGUAUAGAAACACCCACAGAGAGUUUGUCAGUAGGGAAUGGAUUGAGUACAAUCUCUCAUGAGUAUCUGAAGGGCAGCUAUGCUUUGGAUUUGGAAGCAGUGAAACAGGGAGCGAGCACUCUGCCUCACCUCAACAAAACACUGGUGUCAUCCUGCAAACGCCUUCAUGGAGAGGUGGAUAAGGUUUUGUCUGGAUUGGAGAUCCUGUCUAAGGUGUUUGAUCAGCAGAGUGCCUCCAUGGUGUCCAGGAUGAUUCAGCAGUCUGUGAGUCAGGGUGGAGAUCAGGAACUGGAGAAUCUUGUCACUAAACUGGCCAUCCUCAAGGACCUACUGUCCUCCAUAGAGAAGAAGGCUCUGAAGGCUCUCCAGGAUAUGAGUGUGUCCUCUCCCCUCACCCCCCUGACACGCCACAGCAAGGCCAUUCCUGUCCAGGCCUUCGAGGUGAAGCCGGACAUGUACCUGGCUGAACUGGCUAAAAUAGGGAAGAGUCAGAAAAACACACUCAGCGUGGACGUGGAGGCGGGAAAACUGGUGGUGAUGAAGAAAGUGAAGGACACACAGGAGGACUGGACCACCUUCACCCAUGACAAGAUCAGACAGCUGAUAAAGUCACAGAGAAUGCCAAAUAAACUGGGCAUCGUGUUCGAGAAGGAGAAGGACAAGAGUCAGAGGAAAGACUUCAUCUUCCCCAGUGCUAAAAAAAGGGAAGCGUUCUGCCAACUGCUGCAGCUGAUGAAGAACAAACAUUCCAACCAGGACGAGCCGGACAUGAUCUCCAUCUUUAUAGGGACAUGGAACAUGGGAAGUGUUCCUGCUCCGAAGGCCGUUGUUUCCUGGCUCUUAUCUCGAGGUUUGGGUAAAACUCUGGAUGAGAUGACAGUCACUAUUCCUCACGAUAUCUACGUGUUUGGCACUCAGGAGAACUCUGUGUGUGAUAAGGAGUGGGUGGAGAAUCUGCGCGCUGCACUUAAAGACUACACCGAGAUCGACUACAAACCGGUUGCAGUACAGACUCUGUGGAACAUAAAGAUUGUGGUUUUGGUGAAGCCGGAGCAUGAGAACCGGAUCAGUCACGUCGGGAUGUCCAGUGUCAAAACAGGAAUUGCCAAUACACUGGGUAAUAAAGGGGCGGUGGGUGUGUCCUUCAUGUUUAACGGAACAUCAUUUGGCUUUGUAAACUGUCAUCUGACGUCUGGGAAUGAGAAGAUCCACAGGCGGAACCAGAACUACCUGGACAUCUUGCGUCAGCUCUCACUGGGAGACAAACAGCUCAACUCCUUCGACAUCUCACUGCGCUUCACACACCUGUUCUGGUUCGGUGACCUCAACUACAGACUGGACAUGGACAUACAGGAAAUCCUGAACUACAUAAACAGGAAGGAGUUUGAGCCACUGUUGAAGGUGGACCAGCUCAAUCUGGAGAGGGAGAAGAACAAGGUCUUCCUCCGCUUCGUGGAGGAGGAGAUCACGUACCCCCCCACAUACCGAUAUGAGAGAGGAUCCCGCGACACCUACGUUUGGCAGAAGCAGAAAGCCACAGGGAUGAGGACAAACGUGCCAUCAUGGUGUGACCGGAUCCUGUGGAAGUCUUAUCCAGAAACGCACAUUGUCUGUAACUCCUACGGUUGCACAGACGACAUUGUCACCAGUGAUCACUCACCUGUGUUUGCGACGUUUGAGGUGGGCGUGACCUCACAAUUUGUCUCAAAAAAAGGUUUGCCUAAAUCCUCAGAGCAGGCUUAUAUUGAGUUUGAGAACAUAGAGGCCAUUGUUAAGACGGCCAGCAGAACCAAGUUCUUUAUUGAGUUCUACUCCACAUGUCUGGAAGAGUUCAAGAAGAGUUAUGAGAACGACUCUCAGAGCAGUGAUAAUAUAAACUUCCUGCGUGUGAGCUGGUCCUCAAAGCAGCUGACCACACUGAAGCCCAUCCUGUCUGACAUCGAGUACCUGCAGGACCAACACCUACUGCUCACUGUCAAAUCCCUCGAUGGAUAUGAGUCCUACGGAGAGUGUGUGUUAGCACUGAAGUCGAUGAUUGGCAGCACAGCUCAGCAGUUCCACACAUAUCUGUCUCACCGCGGUGAAGAGACUGGAAACAUCCGUGGCUCCAUGAGGGUCAGAGUGCCUUCUGAGAGAAUGGGGACCAGAGAGAGACUGUAUGAGUGGAUCAGCGUGGAUAAGGAUGAGACCGGAGGGCCAAAAGGGAAAACACUGCCCUCUAGAGCAGGACAUGAUUACAUCAAGCCUACACCCAGCAGGAAGGAGCUGAGUAAAGUUUCAGAAGAGGGAGAGAGAAACACUACAGGACGACCCGCAUACACACACACUACUGCUAAAGAGGAUAACACACAGACCAGGUCGAAGCAGACAGACUCUGCAGAUGGAGAUGCCACCACAUGCAAAAAUAGCUUCAACAAUCCUGCCUACUACAUCCUUGAGGGUGUUCCUAACCAAUCAGCUGCCUUGGCUGCAGACCUGCUCCCAGGCUCCGCCUUCUCUCUGCCGUCUGCAUCCAAAUCACCGCCCCCUGCAGGCGGAGCUGGAAAAGGCAAAGGUUCCGUCCAAGCGCGUAAACAGACGGGCGGCCGCCCGCCACGGCCCAUCAGCGAGGAGGGGGGAUCCUCUGAGGAAGAUGGAAGUUCCGGUUUGACCCGUCCACCUCCUGACUUCCCACCCCCACCCCUCCCUAAAAGUGCUCUUGAAGUGUCGGAUGCCUCGUUUUUCCCAAAAGAGAGCAAACCUCGGAUGCACCCUGAAAUGGCAGACAUCAAGAUACCAGUGACCGUUUCCUCCAAGCCUCUCCCGUCUCCCAGCUUUGCCCCGCCCCCUACAGGAAGCGGAGCUUUCUGCCUGGACCCUUCGCCUGGACCUUCGGCUUUCAGAAGAGGAGGCGGGACUUCGGGAGCUGACGACCAGUCAUGUUCAGUACUUCAUCUGGCCAAGAAACUGAGUGAAGUGGAAUAUGUGAGCGGAGCGGGAGGUGUUGGGGGGACGGGACUUAAAGGGGGUGGAGUCAUCCACGGUCGAGGUUUGGGAUUUGGUGAAAGCUGUCGCACUUUUCCUCCUCGCUCCAUCCCGGAAGAGAUCAUGGCCGAGGACCUGCCUGAGGAGGCUCUGUGGCAGGGUGGUAGCAGCAGUAGCAGUCUGUCAGUGGACUCUAGCGUGGGUGAAUGGCUGCAGAGACUCGGAUUGGAGCGCUAUGAGGAGGGACUGCUGAGGAAUGGCUGGGACGACCUCGAGUUCCUUAGUGACAUCACUGAGGAGGACCUAGAGGAGGCGGGCAUCCUAGACCCCACCCACAAGAUGAUCCUAUUGGCCAGUUUGAGACAGCAGCAGCAGCAGAAGUGAGCAGAACAACUGCAGCAUCGCUAACAUGGUCUUCAUCCUCCAUCUUCCUCCUCAGUCUAUAUCUUCCGCUCGACAGUGUUUAAAGAGAAGUCAACAUGUCAGUCACACACAGUUUCACUACAGGCCUCGAACCUGCAGCUGAGGAUCACCUUCCUGCUUCCUGCCAGAGGAGGAAGUGACAUAAUCAGAGUAUGCCUGAGAGCUUCAUCCACAUUCCUUUUGUUUUCUCUUUUGGGUGAUUGGCUUAUUUAGUUUAUUCGUUUAGUGUUAAUGAUUUUAAUAAAGAAAAGGGAAAGAAAGAAGCCAAAUUCAGUGAAUAAUUAUUUAGUUUAUAAACUUUAUUCUGUGUGUGUGUGUGUGUGUGUGUGUGUGAGAAAGAGGACAUUUAUGUUUGUUUUAUGUACGUUUUCUUUUGUAUUGUGUAUUAAAGUGUGUGUGUGAGUGUGUUCUGAGACAUUUCUAGAGUUCCUCGGAAUAUGCUCGGCUUCUUUGUGGCUUGUCUGUCUCUUUUCUGGAACUUUCUAAAAGUUGAACACUAGCGUUAAUGUGUGUGGGAGACGUGGUUUGUAAAGACCAACUCAGCUUAAAUGCUAAAUGUGUGGGAACAGCACAGUUAAUGGGAAAAACAUAUUUAUAACGCACACCAUCUUAUGAUAAUGAACUCCAUGUGAUCUGGAGUUACCGGAAGUAGCCACUAGGCGGCGCACAGAUUGUUUUUAAGUGGUUAGUGUGUUUAAUGAUUCCGUCAGUGCAGUGGAGAUGAAAAUUGACCCUGGAUCUGUAAAAAUGGGAUAAAAUAUGAGUGAGAAAAGUGAUGAGUGUUUGUUCAGGAUUAAAUUUAGGAUAAAAUCAGUUAAACAUUAAAUUAACUCUAACAUAUUUUAUACACACACACACACACACACACACACACACACACACACACACACACAACACACUCUGUUCACUGUGGAGUGAGCCUGAAAGUCUAAUGUAGCCUACAUUACCGUGUGUGUAAGUGUAAAAAUGGUCACGUUUUAAUUUUAAACACUUUCUCUUUGUGUUCAGUUUACGUUGCUGUUUGUAACUGUUUUAUUAAUGACUUUAAGUUAAUAUUUGUGAAUUGGCGCUGAAUGAAGUCAUGUGAAUAAAAACUAACGACUGAU